AUGAGUGGGGGCAAGAAGAAGAGUAGUUUCCAGAUCACCAGCGUCACCACGGACUAUGAGGGCCCAGGGAGCCCAGGGGAGGCAGAACCCCCUGUCCCACCAGCCCCCUCCAGGCCCCCACCCCGCCUGCCCAACGGGGAGCCCAACCCUGAGCCAGGGGGCAAGGGCACCCCCCGGAACGGCUCCCCGCCUCCUGGGGCCCCAGCCUCCCGUUUCCGGGUGGUGAAGCUGCCCCACGGCCUGGGAGAGCCCUAUCGCCGAGGUCGGUGGACGUGUGUGGAUGUCUACGAGAGAGACCUGGAGCCCCCUAGCUUCGGCCGGCUCCUGGAGGGAAUUCGUGGGGCCUCGGGAGGCACCGGGGGCAGGUCGUUGGAUUCAAGGUUGGAGCUGGCCAGCUUGGGCCUGGGCGCCCCCACUCCACAGCCAGGCCUGUCUCCGGGCCCCACCUCCUGGCUCCGCCCGCCCCCCAGCUCACCAGGACCUCAGGCCCGCUCCUUCACCGGGGGACUGGGCCAGAUGGUGGUACCCGGAAAGGCCAAGGUGGAGACGCCCCCCUCGUCCGCCUCCCCACCCCAGCAGCGCCCCCCAGAGCCCGGAACCUGGGAUAACGAGGGCACAUCCUGGACCUCCACGCCCCUGCCCUCCCUGAGGGUGGAAAUGGAGCCCAGGAGCUCAGCCGUAGGCACUCCUCCACCUGCCCGGAGGAAGGAUGGAGCCCUGCAGCUGAGGGUGGAGUUCAUGGCUCCUGAGGAGACAGGGCAGGUACCCCCGUUCGACUCCCACCCCAGCUCCCCAGCCCUGUACUUCUCUGACACCGGUCUGGUUCACAAGUCCCCGGACCCCUUUGGAGCAGCGACAGCCCAGAGCCUCAGCCUGGCCCGUUCCAUGCUGGCCAUCAGUGGCCACUUGGACAGUGAUGAUGAUAGUGGUUCCGGAAGCCUGGUUGGCAUUGACAACAAGAUCGAACAAGCCAUGGACUUGGUGAAGUCCCACCUCAUGUUUGCGGUCCGGGAGGAGGUGGAGGUGCUGAAGGAGCAGAUCCGGGAGCUGGCCGAGCGGAACGCCGCGCUGGAGCAGGAGAACGGACUGCUGCGCGCCCUGGCCGGCCCCGAGCAGCUGGCUCAGCUGCCGGCCUCAGGGCUCCCGCGGCUCGGGCCCCCUGCGCCCAACGGGCCCUCCAUCUGA